UGGCACCGAAGCCAGAAAGGCUAAUGUACCUCAUUUGUCUAUACAUCUUAUGUCUUUAAUACAGAAAGAACAAACUUCUUGUUAUAUACAUCAUUAUCUCAAGAAUCAGGCUGAAUUAUGUUCCGCCUAUUGACCUCCUGCUGGGCAUGGCUAAAGGAAACUGGAGCAACACGAAGGAAUGUGACUGUUAUUAUCGUCGGCCUGGACAACUCAGGCAAGACUGUCCUUAUGCAAGCCUUCCAACGAUUACUUCCAAGCAGAAUUAGCAGCAGCAUGAAGUCCGAAUUGACCACACUUAUAUUAGAUGAAUACGAAGUUUCUAUCUAUGACCUAAAUGGAGACAUGAAGGGCCGAGAAACAUGGCCAAACUACUAUACACGUGCACAGGGGCUGGUUUUCGUCCUGGAUUCCAGUGAUUUAGCACGCAUGCAGGAAGUGAAGAUCAUCUUGAGACGCCUACUGACUGAUAAAAGAGUAGCAGGGAAACCCAUCUUACUCCUGGCAAACAAACAAGACAAGAAGGAUGCCCUUUCACCAUGCGUUAUCAUCAAAAAUCUCCUUCUGGAAAGGCUAAUGAAAGAGACCAAGUCCCUGUGCCGAGUGGAACCAUGUUCAGUCACCAAAACUUUCCAAAAGAAGAACCAUCAGCACAUAAUUGAAGGGCUGCGCUGGCUGCUAGAUGCCACAGCAGAUAAAGAUGAAGAAAUUUGUAUUUCCCAGCAGCUACCUACCUCAAGUGCCACAGUCCCCAAAAGAACCAGAUGUCCUAGGGAAAUAUGCUCAUCAGAAAGCUUUUCUACCAGAACUGGUAUGUCCAAAGAGAAAAAACCACCCUUAGAACACGCAGAAGAACCUAGACCCCUCAAAUCGAUCCUCCAGAAGGAAGGCUUAAGAUUAAGAUCUAAGAAGAAUAUCUCAGUAACAUUUGCUUUGGAUGAACCCAUGAAAGAAGAGCCUAUGGCAAGGAAGAAAAUGAACACCUGGAACAUAGGGGAGAGGUUCCUGGAAAGUCCCAGUGGAAGAGCUUUUGAUUUCUACGGAGACAGAGAAUUUCCUCAGUUUCCAGGGCAUGAGACGUGGAAGAGCACAUGGAUUGGUUAUGCACCACGUCAACCUGAGCAGAGAAGAGGUUUUAGGCAGAGCAACCGCCAAGGAAAAAAAGGGAGAAAAGAACUCUAAAUUUCAGGAAUAAAAGUGUACCUCUUCUUGUGAAAUGAAUA